UGAGACAUGGCGGAGUUUGUUGCCUAACACACAGAGAGCGAGGGCUCUUAGGGAGUUUUAAACACUUUCCAACAUGUCGAAAUAACUUGUUUUCAGGACUACAAUGUCUUCGAAACGUGUGCGGAGUGGAGCUUAAAGAGGCAGAGCCGUCUUUUUUGUCGGGAAGGACGGAGCGGCGGUAGGGAAAAUGUGUUGUCAUUUUCGUGCAGUCAACAGCCUUGGGCAACAAAUAUGGCUACUUCUUGUGUAUCCUUCAAUUCGGGUUGAAAACCGUCCCUACUGGGCCGAACGGGAUAGUUUCGGGGAGUUACGACAGUAGCACUAAGUGAAGUUGACUAGGCAUUAGAAACGUAAAGAAGCUGGAUUUGUCCCGAAGCUGAUUUCGCUGGUUAAACCGACGCGGAGCUAAACAGAGAUGGAGCCCAAGCAUAAAGAGUUGUUGGAGAAAUGUUACCAGAACUUGGUGGAGUCGAUAACAGAUGCGGACCGAGUUGUGGAUGUUUUGGCUCACUGCGGGACCCUCAGCCAGUCUGAACGCUACGAGCUGGGACACAACUGCUCCUCCAACGCGGAAAAAGUGGACCUUCUCCUGAAGAUACUGAUAAGUAAGGAGAGAGACCAUUUCGCAGAGUUUUGCACGGCCCUGGAGAAGACGCACCCUCACCUGCACUCGGUGCUGCUCAAUGGCUCCGGACCAGUGGAUCACACAACUGGGUCCACUUACAGCAUCCUGUCCACCAUGCCGUCGGACUCAGAAAGCAGCAGCUCUCUCAGCAGCUUAGGUACUCCCGGUCCAGCCUCCUCCCCUCCGCCCGCUCACAUGGACAGCCACCAGGUGAACGAGAAGAUGGAGACGGUUCUGUUCCAGCUCAGACAUGUGACCCGCGAGAGGGACGAACUGCGUAAACGUCUGGCGCUCUCUUCACCUGGAACCACCUUCGAUGACUGCAGACCAAACUCAAAAGCAGGUCAUGACUACGAGCGGCUGAAGCUGCAGUGCAUGAAAGCAAUGGCGGACCUGCAGUCCCUUCAGAACCAGCACAGCACCACCCUGAAGAGGUGCGAGGAGGCUGUGAAGAAAGCCGACUUCUACCACACGCUGCACAGCCGUCUGGCCAGCGAGCACGCCCAGCUGAAAGAUGAGCUGGAGGCGAUGAGACAGGACAACAUCCAGCUGGUGAGGGAGCACAACCACGUGAAGCAGGCCUGCGAGGAGCUGAGGAGGCUGCAUGACGACGGCCAGAGGGAGGUGGUAGAAAUGAGGAUGCUGCACCAGCAGGUGAUGAGAGAGGGCUCAUCUGAUGUCCUCAGCAAGCUUUACGACACUACUGCGACCAAGUUGGAGACCGUGAAGAUUGAGUACGAGGCUCUGAGGAAGCGCUACAACGAUAACACGGCGGGUCACAACGCAGACCUGAGUCGCCUGGAUCAGGCCGAGGAGGAGAACCACCGGCUGCAGAAACAGCUGGACAUGCUGCUGAAGCAGAGAGACGCAGCCAUCCACUAUCAGCAGCAGUGCUCCUCCUCUAUAAGAAGGUUUGACAACACGCAGCAAGAGCUGUCCAAGGCCUCCUCCCAGAACAAGGAGCUGCAGCGGGAGAUGGAGCGGCUGCAGUCAGAGGCGACCCGGCUGAAGACGCAGCAGCUCAAGGCGGCCAAAGACGGCGAGAAGUACAAAGAGGAGCGGGACUCUGUGAUCAACGAGUACCGGCUGAUCAUGAGCGAGCGGGAUCAGGUGAUCAAAGAGGUGGACAGGCUUCAGACCGGCGUGGAGAUGGCAGAGGCCAAGCUGAAGAACACUUCCUCAGAGAGACGGGUGGCCAGCGAGGAGCUGGAGGCGCUCAGACAGGAGCUGGCCUCAGCGCUGGUGGACAGGGACCGGGCCAUCUGUGAGAAGAACGAGCUGCUGGAGAAAUACUGCCACGAGGUGAAGGACAAGGCCGAGGCCCAGAAAGAGCUGAGCCAGGCCUGCAAGGACAAUGAGACGGUACGAGAGGAGAGGGACGUGGCCCGCAAGGAGAGGACGGAGGCCAUCAUCCAGAGGGACCAGCUGCUGCGAGAGUAUUACCAGGCCAGACAGAAAGAAGACUCUGCCACUCUGGACAUGGAACGAUCCAACAAGGAGAUCGAUAUUCUGAGGAAGCAGUACGAGGCCGUCUCUCAGGAGCUGAAGGAGGCCGUGCAGGAGGCCGAGGUAGCCAAGUGCCGACGAGACUGGGCAUUUCAGGAGAGGGACAAGAUAGUGGCAGAGAGGGAGAGCAUACGCACGCUGUGUGACAACCUGAGGCGCGAGAGGGACCGAGCUGUGAGUGAUCUGGCAGACGCUCUGAGGAAUCUGGAUGACACCAGGAAGCAGAAGAACGACGCUGCGCGGGAACUCAAAGAACUAAAGGAAAAGAUGGAAGAUCAGUUAGAAAAGGAAGCGAGGUUUCGUCAGCUGAUGGCUCACAGUUCACAUGAUUCAGCCAUCGACACAGACUCGAUGGAGUGGGAGACGGAAGUUGUAGAAUUUGAAAAGCACAGAGACAUGGAUUUGAAAGCACUUGGGUUUGAUAUUGCUGAAGGGGUAAAUGAUCCUUAUUUACCAGGAGAUUGUGGCAUAUUUGUCAGUAAGGUGGAUAAAGGAAGUAUGGCUGAAGGAAGAUUAAGGGUGAACGAUUGGUUGUUGAAAAUAAAUGACGUGGACCUGACCAAUAAGGAUAGGAAGCAAGUGAUUAAAGUGGUGGUGAGCGGCGAGGGAGUGAUUAAUAUGGUGGUCCGCAGAAGGAAGAGUCUGGGAGGACGGAUCAUCACUCCAAUCCAGAUAAACCUGGCAGGAAACAAAGACAGCGGCAUCGGUCUGGAAAGUGGAGUGUUUGUUGCCACUUUGGCCCCAGGCAGUCCAGCUGCCAGAGACUGCGCUCUUACUGUCGGGGAUAGACUGUUAGCUAUCAAUGGCAUUGCACUUGAUAACAAGUCGCUCUCUGAAUGUGAGACUCUGCUGAGAAACUGCCGUGAUUUUCUCAGCAUCUCCCUCAUGAAGUUCCUCCCACAGAGCUGUUCCGGCCAGAGCUUAUUUGAAGGUUUGAGAGACUCAGAAAAGAUCUCUCGUCUCCAGUCCUGUGAGAUCCACGCCAGGACCUGCAGGAACUCCAAGCACAACUGCUCUAAGCACAACUGCUCCACACAGACAGACAUUUGCAGCUGUGACUUGGGCAGCAGAGGGGAUGAAGUGUGUAAGGAUGCAUGUGACUCUCCAGACAGUAGCGACAGCAGCUCUCACUGCCUCCAGAAGCCUUUUCCCAGCAGCUCUGUGCACUCCCGCUCCCUUUCCAGCUCCCACAGUCCCUCAGAGCCCCACCCAGACUUCUGCUACAGGAGGCCGGAGCUCCACCAUCGCCCCUUCACCUUCACCCCCGUGCCCUCCGACUGCAGCUCCCCUCAGACGGCUGUGGACCGAGUGCAGAGCUCAGCAGGGAAGCCCAGCGGAGGCACGUGGCCUAAAGUCAUAGCGAUAGCUUCUAUUACUGAAUGUGCCCAGCUCUCCAUCUACAAAAAAGUCAAACAAAGGAAGUCCAUCUUCGAUGUGCAGGGUUUCAGGAGACCCGAGCCGUCCCCAAAACUGGACUACACGUCUCUUUCUCAGAUACCCAAGCACUCCCCGCAGAGCUCGAUAUCUGAGGCCCCUCCCACCCCGCCAGCCAGGAGCGACUCGUUCAGGUUCAAACAUCGCCAGCAGAACAGCUCGGCGUCAGACUCCACCAUCACCACUGCCACUCCACCUGAAUCCCCAGCCCAAGCUACAAGUCCACAGGACGGGGGGGAGGCAGGGAACCAGCUCUACUACGCCAACGCUCCUCCAGGAGAGACCACGAGCGGCGCCAAAAAAACUCCUGACAACGAAGGGAGUCGUCGCAGAGCAGAGGAGAAGCAGAAGAGGAGGUACCGGCCUAAAUCGGCGCCUGCACUGCGGCCAAGAAUUACUCCAUUACACAUCCCUCUUCCCAUGCAGAUACAGAGUUUCUCUAACGACGAGCACUCCCCAGAGCCAAUAGACUUGUUGCGCUUCUCUCCCAGGCGAACUAAUCGGUACAGCAUGCCCUUUGCACCCCCCAGCUACGGCAGCGUCCCAUCAUAUCCAGCACAACGAGGUUUAGCCCCAUGUCCAGCUGUGACGGCUGUGAUAAAGAACCCGGUGUACACUGCUUGGAGCCAUGAGAUCCAGAACAACAACCCUCCUCCAGCCCCCAGCUCGGGAGUCCACCUACAUCCACACACAAGCCCCCAGCAUCAGGUUCGCCACAGCCUGGACCUCAGCCACAAGCGCACUGGGGACUCGACUGAAACGAGCGUCAGCCAACCACCGCACAGCACCAACUCCCUGCCAUCCAGCGCCAGACUGAGUUCCUUCAAUACUUUGCAGUUCAGGACAGAACGCAUAAAAAUCCCUCCAACUCGGUAUCCCCGCUCCACUGGAUCUGAAAGAGGCUCCCUCUCACAUUCAGAGUGUAGCAGCCCGACGCCUCCAAUGUCCCCUGUCAACCUGGAGACAUCGUCUUUCAUCAGCAGCCAAUCACAGAGCUCCAUCUCCACCCAGCCCAGGAUAUCAGUCAGCCCCGCUCCAGCUGGUGACAGGCAGAAGGAAGGGCCGUACUUAGAGGAGCCGCGCAAUGUGACUGUUCAGAAAGGAGCAGAACCUCUGGGGAUCUCCAUAGUGAGUGGAGAUAACGGGGGAGUGUUUGUGUCCAAAGUGACAGCAGGCAGCAUCGCACAUCAAGCUCGCUUAGAGUACGGAGACCAACUCCUAGAGUUCAAUGGAAUCAACCUUCGCAAUGCCAACGAGCAGCAGGCGCGGCUUGUGAUCGGGCAGCAGUGUGACACAGUCACCAUUUUGGCUCAGUAUAAUCCUCACAUGUUUCAGCUGGGCAACCACUCUCGUUCAGGGUGUUUCUUCAGGCUUCCUGGUUCCGGUACGCGGCGGGCUGCCGAGCCUCGGCUGGUGAGGCUGAAGAGGAUCCAGGUGGAGAUGGGAGUUCAGGUCUGUGGAGGAAACCUUUACGGCGUCUUUGUGGAGAGUCUGGAUGAUGACAGCCCUGCCAAGUGUCCUGAUGGCCUGCUGCCUGGAGACUUGAUACUCGAGUACAAUGGCAUCAGCAUGAAGAACAAAACUAAAGAGGAGGCUUACCUGGAAAUGUUAAAACCAGCUGAAACAAUCACGUUCAAGGUCCAGAACUGUGUGGACAACCUCUCUGCGAUCAAAGAGGCCCCGGGAGAUGGAUUUUUCACAAGAGCACUUUAUGAGAGGGUGGCAGAGGCCGAGCAGGAACUGAGCUUUAAGAAAGAUGACAUCCUCUAUGUUGAAGAUACGCUACCAAAUGGUAAUUUUGGAUACUGGAUGGCCUGGCAACUGGACGAAAAUGCACAGAAGCUCGUAAAGGGGCAGAUCCCGAGUAAAUACAUGAUGGACCAGGAUUUCUACAAGAGGCACGGCAUGGCCGAUCUGAAAGACGAUAACGGCACCAACAAGUCUCUGUCGGCCGCGGCACGGAGAUCCUUCUUCCGCCGCAGGCUGAAGCACAAACGCAGCGGAUCCAAGGACGGGAAGGAGCUGAUGGUUCUGGACGCAAUAAGCACAGAUUCUUUACCCAUCACAGAAGAUGGAGUGAGCCUGAUGUACCAGCGGGUUCAGAGGGUGGAGUGCUCUUUCCCCAGACCCGUGCUGAUCCUGGGUCCGUUAGUGGAGUCCAGUAAGGACAUGUUGGUGAAGGAGGCUCCUGCUCAGUUCUGUCGCUGUCUGCCUGAGAUCAUGAAGGCAUCUCAGCAGGCGAUAGAGCGCGGAGUAAAGGAUUGUGUUUUCAUCGACUACAAACGGAGGAGUGGCCAUUUCGAUGUGACAACUGUAGCAUCAAUAAAAGAGAUAACAGAGAAGGACUGUCACUGUUUACUUGACAUUGUCCCUCAUGCCAUCGAGCGUCUUCACAGCGUUCACAUCUACCCAAUCGUCAUAUUCAUUCGCUACAAAAAUGCCAAGCAGAUAAAAGAGCAGAAGGACCCUCUGUACCUGCGGGAUAAACUCUCACAGAAACAUUCCAAGGAGCAGUUUGAGGCGGCACAGAAAAUAGAGCAGGAGUACAGCCGCUUCUAUCACAGGUUGGUGGAAGUAAACUUGUUAUCCUUUUUAAGGCCUAUAAAUGGCAUGGAUACAGGAAAUAAUGGUAAUAACAACACCUCAUUUAGUGUGAUUGCAAGACAGACAGCACAAGUGUGUAAAAUACAAGUUUAUCUUUUUAACCCUUAUGUCACAGCCAGAUUAUUAAAUUGUAAUUUUCUGCGAAUGAUUUAAGUGAUACAAAGAAGAAUAAAAUGCCUCCAUUUUAUGCUGUGGCAACAGAAAUAUCAGCACCAGACCUCCCAAACCCAAAAAAAUGAAGGUG